CAGAUAAAGGCCCGGAGGCCAGGCCCUCUGCCUGUGCUGACUGGCGACUGAUCCAGAGCACCCCUGCCCACCAUGAGGCUCCUCCUGUCACUCCCAGUCCUGCUGGUGGCUCUGUCCGUGGUUUUGGAAGGCCCAGCGCCAGCCCAGGCAGCCCCGGACUUCUCCAGCACCUUGGAGGGCCUCCCGGAUAAGCUGAAGGAGUUUGGAAACACCCUGGAGGACAAGGCCAAGAAAGCCAUUGAACGUAUCAAACAGAGUGACCUUCCUGCCAAGACCCGGAAUUGGUUUACAGAGACAUUUGGCAAAGUGAGAGAUACAUUCAAAGCAACUUUCUCCUGAAUACCCGGAGAGCCACAGCCCGGUCGGUGCCCAGGAGUCCUCCAUGAUGCCCCGGGUCGCCCCUCCCCACCAAUAAACAUCCUGUAGAGAGUU